CAAUUCUCAUAUCACAAAAUCCUCCUCUCACAAUACACUUCAGACAGAAAUUAAAGCUAGCUACACUCAAAUGGCGGAAAUGGCAGUGUCUCUGCUAUCACUAAUAAGAGAUGAAGCAAAUCUGCUUUGGAGCAUCUCCAAAGAAUUUGCGGACAUACAAAAAGAGUUAGAUUACAUUCAAAGCUCUCUUGAGAAGGCAGAUAGAAUGGCUUCAGAAGAAGGAGACAACACAACCAAGGGAGUCAAAGCAUGGGUGAAGGAGUUGAGAGAAGCAUCUUUCCGCAUAGAAGAUGUCAUUGACGAAUACAUGAUCUUUGUUGAACAACAGCCUCAUGAUGAUGCUUUUGGUUGUGUAAAUUUCCUCUUCGAGUGCAAUAUCACUCACUUCAUUGAAUCUUUGAAGCGGCGUCAUCAAAUAGCAUCAGAGAUUCAGCAGAUUAAGUCAUUUGUUCAAGGAAUCAAGCAAAAAGGUAUUGAUUAUGACUACCUAAUCAAACCUUCUCUUGAGAAAGGAUCAAGCAGCUACAGAGGGAGCCAAAGUGUCCAAUGGCAUGACCCUCGAAAGCAUUCACGUUACCUUGAAGAAGCUGAAGUUGUUGGCCUUGAAGGCCAAAGAGAUAAAUUGAUUGGUUGGUUAGUGGAGGGACCAUCAGAGCGCACUGUCAUCUCUGUUGUAGGAAUGGGCGGGUUAGGAAAAACUACUCUUGCCGGCAGAGUUUUCAACAAUCAGAAGGUGACUGCUCACUUUGAAUGUUGUGCAUGGAUCACGGUGUCUAAAACCUACACUGAGGAAGGAGUGUUGGGAAAAUUGUUGAAGAAAUUGUACGAAGAAGACAAACAAGAGAAAGCUCCUCAAGGAAUUGAUGAAAUGGAUCGAGAUUCAUUGAUUCAUAAAGUGAGAAAGUAUUUGCAACCAAAGAGGUACUUUGUUAUUUUUGAUGAUGUGUGGAGUAUAGAACUGUGGGGUCAGAUUCAAAAUGCCAUGCUUGAUAAUAAAAAAGGAAGUAGAGUGUUUAUCACAACUAGGAUGGAUGGUGUUGUAGACUCUUGUAUGAUAUCUCCUUUUGAUAUGGUGCAUAAGCUGAAACCUUUAACUAAAGAAGAAUCUAUGGAACUCUUUUGCAAGAAGGCAUUUCCAUGUCACAAUAAUGGAAAUUGUCCAGAAGAUUUCAAGAAAAUUUCUUCUGACUUUGUUGAAAAAUGUAAGGGUUUACCAUUGGCAAUUGUGGCUAUUGGUAGUCUUUUAUCAGGCAAAACACAGACCCCAUUUGAAUGGGAAAAAAUUAGGCGAAGCCUGAGUUCAGAGAUGGACAAAAAUCCCCAUUUAAUUGGCAUAACAAAGAUUUUAGGCUUCAGUUAUGAUGAUCUGUCAUAUCAUCUAAAACCAUGCUUACUGUAUUUUGGAGCAUAUCCCGAAGACUAUGAAGUUAAUUCAAAAAGAUUAAUUUGGCAGUGGGUAGCUGAAGGAUUUGUAAGAGAGGAAGAAGGAAAAACUUUAGAGGACACUGCACAACAAUAUUUUUCAGAGUUGAUUGGCAGAGGUUUAGUGCAAGUCUCUUCAUUUACCAUAGAUGGCAAAGCUAAGAGUUGUCGUGUUCAUGACUUACUACACGAUAUGCUUCUUAAAAAAUCCAAGGAUUUAAGUUUCUGCCAGCAUAUCAUUAAAGAAGAUGAGUCGAUGUCAAGUGGGAUGAUUCGGCGCUUGUCAAUAGAAACUAUUUCCAAUGAUUUACUGGGGAGAAAUGAAAGCUUACACACCCGGUCACUGCUUGUUUUUGCAGAAGAAUUAUGUACCACCAACUUUUUGGAAAUAAUCCCUACAAAAUAUAGGCUAUUGAAGGUACUUGAUUUUAAAGAUAUUCUACUGUAUUCUGUUUCUGUUCCUGAAAAUUUGGGAAAUCUAGCACACUUGAAGUAUUUAAACCUGAGAAGUUCAAAGAUGCCAACUCAACUUCCAGAAUUCAUCUGUAAGCUCCACAACCUGGAGACCUUGGACAUAAGGGAUACAGAUGUCGAGGAAAUUCCAAAGGAGAUUUGCAAGCUAAGAAAGCUACGACAUCUUUUGGGUGAUUAUAUAACAUUGUUUCAAUUGAAUGGUCUCGGAGGCAUGGCAUCCCUACAAACGUUGCGUCAUGUCAAGCUAACUAUGACUAAUGAUGAUGGCGACAACGACAACGACAAUGACAACGACAACAAUGACCAGGAGGUGGAGGGUGAUUAUAUAACAUUGUUUCAAUUGAAUGGUCUCGGAGGCAUGGCAUCCCUACAAACGUUGCGUCGUGUCAAGCUAACUAUGACUAAUGAUGAUGGCGACAACGACAACAAUGACAAGGAGGUGGAGGGGAUAAUGCUUAUUAAGGAGGAUGUUGAAGUAGAAUUAAUCAGAGAACUGGGAAAGCUGAAGCAGUUAAGGAACUUAAGCUUGACUAGUGUCAAGGAAGAACAGGGAAGCGCUCUAUGUUCCUCACUGAAUGAGAUGGCAAACUUGGAGAAACUACGCAUUGAAACAACUGCAGGUGGAGUCAUUGAUUUACCUAUUAUUUCACCUCUGCCGAUGCUUCAGAAGCUUCGCCUGGAUGGGAAGUUAAAAAAGUUUCCAGAGUGGGUUCCACAACUCCAAAGUCUUGUAAAAUUAUCUUUGAGAUCCUCCCAGUUAACCAUUGAUCCAUUGAAAUCACUACAAAAUAUGCCACAUUUGUUAUUCCUCGAAAUGUUGGAUGCUUAUGAAGGUGAAAGUUUGUAUUUUGAAAAUGGAGGAUUUCAUCAAUUAAAGGAACUAUCUCUCGGAUUCUUCCCUAACUUGAAAUCCAUCAUUAUAGAUAAAGGAGCACUGUAUUCUUUGGAAAAGCUCAAAAUUUGGAAAAUAAUGGAAAUCAAGACAGUACCUCCUGGCAUUCAACACUUGGAAAAACUUCAAGUUCUCGUUAUAGACCAUAUGUCCGAUGAAUUGAUCAAUGAGUGCAUUACUCCCAAUGAAGGACCACAGCACCCAAUCAUCCAGCAUGUACCCCUUGUAAAAGUUACUGUCGGAGACUACGAACAAGGAAUAAAAACUCACAUUAUUCAUCACUCAAGACAUUAGAAUUCAUAAAAGGGACUGGCUCUUUAAUCCAUGGG